UUCUGGAGAAAAUAUACUCCUCACAAAGCUUAUUGGAACAAACAGCAACAGAAGCUUGAACUGCUGUACAACCCUAUUUUGACCUUGCUUUCCAAUAUGACUGUGGAAGAGAACUUGGUUUCUAACUCGAGUGUUCUCAGUUCCUGUGACCCUGACCCAUGGGUAGCUUCAGAGGUUAGUGACUUUGCAACCUUGCCAGACAGAUUCAAAGACUUUCUACUUUAUUUGAGGUGUAGAAAUUAUUCAUUAUUAAUGGAUCAGCCAAACAAGUGCAAACAUAAACCUUUCCUGCUGCUGGCUAUUAAGUCACUUACACCCCAUUUUGAUAGAAGGCAAGCAAUUAGGGAAUCUUGGGGCAAGGAAAUAAAAUUGGGGGAUGUGACAGUCAAAAGGGUCUUUUUACUUGGACAGACUCCACCAGAGGAUAAUUUUCCUGAUCUUUCAGACAUGAUAAAAUUUGAGAGUGAAACCCACCAAGACAUUCUCCUUUGGAACUACAGAGACACUUUCUUCAAUUUAACUCUGAAAGAGGUGCUGUUCCUCAAGUGGGUCAGCAGCAGUUGCGCAGAUGUCCAGUUUAUUUUUAAGGGUGAUGAUGAUGUUUUUGUGAAUACCCAUCAGAUCCUGGAUUACUUGAAGAGCUUAUCAAAGGACAAAGCCAAAGACUUAUUUAUAGGCGAUGUGAUCAAAGAUGCUGGACCUCAUAGAGAAAAAAAAUUGAAGUACUACAUCCCAGAAAGUGUUUAUGAAGGUUCGUAUCCUCCAUAUGCAGGAGGCGGUGGGUUCCUGUACUCUGGUGAUCUGGCAUUAAGACUGAAUAAUGCAUCUGACCAGGUACUCCUUUACCCUAUCGAUGAUGUUUAUACUGGAAUGUGCCUUCAGAAGCUUGGGCUUGCUCCGGAAAAACACAAAGGCUUCAAAACAUUUGAUAUCGAAGAGAAAUACAGAAAUAACAUAUGUUCCUACACAAACUUAAUGUUAGUACAUAGUAGAAAACCUCAAGAAAUGAUUAAGAUUUGGACACACUUGCAAGAUCCACACUUAAAUUGUUGAAGUAAUGUGCAUAAGUGUCUUAAGUCCAAAGAACUUCCCAAGUUUGGGUAUGACUUUCUUGCUGGACCAUUGAAGCUCUGUUUAAUAGUUUAAUUUUCUCUGAAACUUUCCUGUACUUUUGAAAAUGAGAAUAAUACUAAAAUUUGAGGGGAUGGCUUGAAGACUUGGUCCUGACUUUUCCACUGUCCUGGUGGUCAUUAUGUUUCAAUAUUUGUCUUAAUUUUUAAA